GCCAUGGCGGUGCCUGAGGCGGCGGCGCUGGGGAGCGGCCCCGGGGCGGCGGGAGCGGAGCCGCCCGAGGCGCUGGGGCUGCUGGAGCUGUGCGGAGCCUGCCGGCAGCGCCUGAGCCCGCAGCGGGAGCCGCGGCUGCUGCCCUGCCUGCACUCGGUGUGCCGCCGCUGCCUCGGGAGCGGGCCCGCAGCGCCCGGCGGGGACGGGAGCGCCUUCGAGUGCCCCGUGUGCCACCAGCAGUGUCCCCUGGGUGACAUCAUGGAGAACCUGUUCCUGCAGGGUGGCACCGGCGGGCAGAGCUGCACCAGCUGCGAGGACAAUGCCACCGCCACCAGCUUCUGCCUGGAGUGCUCGGAGCCGCUGUGUGCCACCUGCGUGGGGGCACACCUGAGGGUCAGGUACACCCGGGAGCACCGCGUGCAGCCCCUGGACUCUCUGUCCGUGCCCAGUUCCGGUUCCGGUGCCGAUUCCGUUCCUGGCUCCGGCUCCGUUCCUGGUCCCGUUCCCGAUCCCAAUCCCGAUCCCGGUUCCAUUCCCGGCUCCGUUCCCGAUGGGGUUCCCGGCUCCGAUCCCGAUCCCGAUCCCGUUCCCGACGCGGUUCCGGCGCCGUUCCCGUCCCGCUGUCUGUCCCACCCGCGGGAGCCGCUCUCGCUCUUCUGCAGCGCCUGCGACGCCCUCACCUGCCGCCAGUGCCACCGGGGCCCGCACCGACACCACCCGUCCCAGCCCUUGGCCGAGGCCGUGUUCCAGCAGCGCUCGCUGCUCUCGGCGCUGCUGCAGCGCCUGGCCCAGAAACACUCGGAGCUGCAGCGCUGCACCCGGGAGCUGCACGCCUGCUCGCGGCGUGUGUCGGACGCUCAGAAGCGGCUGCAGGUGGAGGUCAAGCUGGCCAUCCUGCAGGUGAUGAGGGAGCUCAACAAACGCGCCCAGGCCCUGGUGGGCGACGUCCAGGUGAGCCUGAAACCCUCCAGGUGAGCCUGUCCCCUCCCC